AUGGUGGGACGACUAACCGGAGUAGUCAAACGAGUGAAGGAUGUGGCCCCACUGCUGACAGCUGUCCACUGCAGCAUCCACCGUGAGGCUCUGGCUACAAAGACGAUGCCUGCAGACUUAAAUAAGGUGUUGAAUGAAGCUGUAAAAACUGUCAAUUUCAUCAAAAGUCGUCCCCUGCAGUCCCGCUUGUUUGGGAUCCUGUGCGCGGAGAUGGGGAGCGAACACAGACAGCUUCUCCUUCACACUGAGGUCCGGUGGCUCUCACGCGGCAAAGUGCUCACACGCCUUUACGAACUGCGCGAUGAAGUCAGAGUCUUCUUUGUGGACGUUCGUUUUGAGUUGGCCGAGCGAUUCUGCGACUUUGAAUGGCUCUGCAAGUUGGCUUAUUUGGCUGACAUUUUUGGAUACUUAAAUGGACUCAACCUGUCACUACAGGGGAAAACAGUGACUGUGUUUCAAGUGCAGAAUAAGAUUGAUGCCACAAUUAAAAAGUUUGAGAUGUGGGAUCGCAGAGUUGGACAAAAUAACUUUGAGUCCCUGGACAGCUUGUCGGACUUGUUGGGCAGCGAAGAGAGUGAGAUUCCCAGUUCGGUGGCAAGCGCUGUCAGCGCGCACCUGCAGGCCCUCGGAACCCAGCUUCGCAAGUAUUUCCCUGCACAAGACAACAUGAACAACUGGAUAGAAAACCCAUUUGUUCUCCAGGCUCAGGACGCAGCAGGACUUUCUUCAAGAGAGCAGGACAGCCUCGUGGAAUUAUCUUGUGAUAGCUCAUUGAAACUGGAAUUUACGCAGACUCACGUGGUGCGCUUCUGGAUACGCGUUUUCAAAGAAUAUCCACAUUUGGCUGACAAAGCCAUUCGUUUCCUCAUGCCAUUUUCCACCACGUAUCUCUGUGAGACUGGAUUUUCCUCCCUAGUUGCAUUAAAAACCAAGUACAGGAACAGACUGGAUGUCACCUCUGAUCUCCGCUUAAAGCUGACCACCAUUCAACCCAAUAUUGGGGCUUUAGCAUCCGCUAUGCAACACCAUCCGUCUCAUUAG